ACGUCAAUCCCGCUGCGUGACUUCUGUAGGCUGGCAGGCUGCCGUUGAUAUUAUUUCUGGGGAGCGGGGUAAAAGUAGCAAAAAUGUUGCCGAUACACAACAGCGGAACGGACUAAAUGGAGGCCACGCUGCCUGCGGGAGGACCAAAUAAACCCCAAACUCAUCGAGCCGCUUGUUGAGUUCUCUGGAAACGUCCAGCCAUCGGCCUCCCCAUGCCUCCAUCUCCCCUUGACGACAGAAUUGUGGUGGCGCUGCCAAGGCCGAUUCGACCUCAGGAACUCCAACUGCGCCUGGACACCAGCUACCUGGACUCCAUCGCCACCAGCAGCUGCAGCAACACCGUCAUCAGCACCACUGUGGUGAAGAUCAGGGCGACGGCCAAUCUUGUAACGUAUAUGCCCUCAUCCAAGGGUUCCACGCGAUCGCUGUCGUGUGGAUGUAGCAGUGCGAGCUGUUGCUCUGUGACUACAUAUGAGAAGGACAGCCAGAGCCUCAGUCAUAGCCAGGUGAGCGCCAGCAGCCCCAACCUUAGCUAUGCCGGGCCCCCCACUCCUAUGGUCAGCAACCAUGGUGCUUUAAGUGUUCCCAGUCUCACCUCAGGCACAGUGAAGACCCUGCCCACCGUCAGGGUCAUCCACCCCAAUGAGCUGGCUAAGCGGAUAACAUACUGCCCCAUGGGUCACCCUAUAGGGCCGGUGCCGGUCAUCAUCGACUGCCGGCCCUUCUUGGAGUACAACAAGAGCCACAUCCGUGGAGCCGUGCACAUCAACUGCUCCGACAAGAUCAGCCGGCGGCGGCUGCAGCAGGGCAAGAUCACUGUGCUGGACCUCAUCUCCUGCCGCGAGGGCAAGGACUCCUUCAAGGGCAUCUUCUCCAAAGAGAUUGUGGUUUAUGACGAGAGCACCGUGGACCCGAACCGGCUGACAUCCAACCAGCCCCUGCAUGCGGUUCUGGAAUCACUGAGGAGAGAGGGAAAGGACCCCAUUAUCCUCAAAGGAGGCCUUAGCUACUUCAGACAGAGCCACGAAAACCUUUGUGAGCACUCGCUGCACCUUCACGAGGGCUUGGAUCCGGGCGCAGCCGCCGGCCUGACCGGGCCGCUACCUCACUCCCUGCCCUCCACCCCAGACAUCGAGAACGCAGAGCUGACUCCCAUCUUGCCCUUCCUGUACCUGGGGAACGAGCAGGACGCUCAGGACGCCAACCUGCUGCAGCGCUUGAACAUCGGCUACAUCUUAAACGUCACCACCCACCUGCCGCUUUACCACUAUGAUACGGGCCUCUUCAUCUACAAGCGACUUCCCGCCACAGACAGCAACAAGCAGAACCUGCGGCAGUACUUUGAGGAGGCGUUUGAAUUCAUAGAGGAAGCACACCAGGCAGGUAUGGGCCUCCUUAUCCACUGUCAGGCCGGUGUUUCCCGAUCAGCCACCAUCGUCAUCGCCUACCUGAUGAAGCACACCUGGAUGACCAUGACAGACGCCUACAAGUUUGUCAAAACCCGGAGGCCGAUCAUCUCCCCAAACCUUAACUUCAUGGGCCAGCUGUUGGAGUUUGAGGAGGACCUCAACAACGGAAUAACGCCACGAAUCCUCACGCCAAAGCUGACCGGUGUGGAAACAGUUGUUUAAAAGAACCGCUCCCACUUGGAGUGUUAUGAGUGAAAUGCAGAUCCUCCUUUUGAACUCUCACAAGUUCCAAAGCAGGUUAGAGUUGAAGAGUAAUGCCAAAAAUCCCUACGGUCUGAAGCCCCGGAGGAAAGCUCGGUUGGGGAAAGGCGUGGUCCAGUUUUCUGCUCGUUAGCGGAUAGCAGCUUUUUUCGAGAAGAAGUUGGAAACCAGCUUUGGGGACAGCGACUGACUAUAGGGACGACACUGACACUGUGGCGUGCAGUUUGUGUUUGCAGACUCAGGCAGGGUUGGCCACAGCAGUGCCUGUCUAAAUUUAAAAAAACAAAAGAGGAAAAAAAACAGUUGAAAACUUGUUUGGUGUGUUCUAUUUUUAUAACUGGGUUUGAGGAGACGACCAUGACGAGCCCCCAGCGGCCUACUGUGCAAUAAUUUCAGAUAAGGAUGCAACUGAAACCUUGAUCUUAUAUGUUUAUAUAGAGGUAAUUAUGAAACAUUUCCAGCUCCGUUGCUGACGAACUAUUACGAUGUAUUUACCGUUGUUCAGCUUUAUGGUGCAAAGAGUCAUGCUGUAAUAUUUGGCGCUGAUUUGUACAAGAAUCCGAAAAACACAUUUGUUUGGCAUUCGCUGCAGUAUCUUGCAUAUUUUUUCAGCAAUACACAUCUUACCAGCCAGCCAUAAGAGAUCUUUUUCUGCAUUGUAGACGGUGGAGGGAGGAACACUUUGGAUUGUCAUGCGAGUUUUGUUAAACUGGGUAAUGUUUAAUGUAAGACAGCUGAGGAUUUUCACUGCCUGCUUCUGUCUCCUCUGUUUGUUUUUGCUCCACUUCCCCCAUUAGCUGGCUCCGUUCGGCUGUACUCUUCCCAUCGACGCUCUGAUCUUUGAUUAAGCCUCUUCGAAAGUAGCAGCAUCGAUUCGCGUAUUUGCCACAAUGUCAGUUUAGCUGUGUCACCCUUUUUUUGUGUGUCAACGAUUCCACAGUGAAAGCGAGCUCUCCUGCCUCGCUAAUUAUGCUGCUCCAGUGCCUCUAUCAAUGCCUUAACUCCUGUGUCACAACUGAGCUAGCACACGGCAUUGCCCGCAGAUGGACAGCAUGGACGGGCGUCCACAUUAAGCGAAGCUGUGUGUUGUCUCAGGAAGACUUUGGCUUGGCAGAUUAAAAUCUGACUCAACAGUGUUUCAUAUUUUCUUGAGACAAAUUUACUCAGACAUAAUUAAUUUUUGCCUGAUUGAGGAUUACAACCUGAACCCGACUCUUGAGGAUGUCCUAAAAUGAACUCUGCUUUAGAGGCCGCAGUUUACAAUCUUUGUCGCCAAAUUUCAAGAAUGAUCAAUUUCGCAGAAACAAGUCUUUGAAUUUACUUAAAAGUAAUCUUGUGGUGGCGCGUGAAGGAGAAGCUGAGCAAACUUUGUUCUACCAUCCAACCCACACAUACCAAACGAGAUGCAACAAAGACGGGUGUAGCAGGACAAAAAGAGGAAAAAAGUCAUUCAGAUAAUUGCUUUGAAAAAAUACGUAGCUACGAUUCUUUAAAAAAAAUUCAGAUCUUUUUUUUUUUUGUAUCGGUUACAUCAACAAGGAGAAACAGCCGACUCAGCACUGAUGCAUCUUUGAAAAAACUCAGCUCACCGAGAAGUAACCGUUUUCCUCAACCACUAAACUGAGUCACAGCCUUUCUGGCGAUAAAAUAUGUGAUGAAUCAACUUUUAAAUUGCGUCAAUCAAGUGUUCUCUACCGAAUUUAAAAACACAAACAUUUAACGGUCUGGUUUUGGCAUGCCGAUCACAUAUCCAAUGUAUUUUUACUGAUAAAUAAUUAGAUAUUUGUUGGUGUGAAUGAACGUUUCUGUGUUUUUGAAUGGAAUGAGGGGAAAAACAGGUAAAAAGAGCUGUUAACGUUUUGUGAACAACAAAAAUAAGUUCAGACCAAAAAAAAAAAUCUGAUUCUUAGUUUUGUCACAGAUGAUCCCAGCUUUUUGUAUCUUUUUAUUUUUAACAUUAAGCAUAAAAACGAAGCACAGGGCUAACUAAGUAUUUGUCUGAUCACCUCUGUUUUGCAGCAAACCCACUGCAGAUCUGCAAAUCAUUGUUAUUUGAACAAAAGUUCACCUGUUUCUGUUGAUGGGAUGAAGAGCAAUGCAUGCACCAAGGAGAUAACAAAGAAAAUAGUCUGCUAUGCAAAAUGAAUCUGUGGAAGGUUUUCUCCAACUGUUGUAAAACUGUUUUCAAGGUCUGUGUGAACAUUUUGAGCAUGAAAAAAAACACAAAAUGAAAGUGUGAUAUUUACAGUUUUGACAAGUAAAAAAAAGAAAAAGGAACAUUUUUCCUUUUUUUUUUUAAAAUUUUCCACUCAGCUGUCUACUUCACCAAAAUAUUGGCAUGUCAAUCACCAUUUACUGCACAUUUGCAGCUCAUCCAUUUGUAUUCACUGCAACAAAAACGCGCUCAUCAUCUGAGCUUGAACCUUUCCUCCAACCGGCUGGUUCCUGCGGUUUCUGAUUGGAGAUGAAGCAUGCCGUGUGCUCCUGGGCUGUAAGGGACACUGGCACUCAUUAUGGUGCUCUCCGUUUUUCCUUCUGGAGGCGUCAUAUAUUGACUGACAGCUCCGAAAGGCGUCUGCUCCCCUUGACUUUUUUUGAGACCCGGUUCUGGAUUAGACCAAUGCUAAACUGUCGUGUUGGAUGUGCAAGAGUCUCUGCCUUGGGGUCAGCGGCUUCUCUCUUAAAGUCUCUGUAACUUCUUUUUGUCAGUAGUCAGUCACAUAUUUACAGUCAACGAAUAUAUAAAUACAUUUUUUUUGUUCUUUUUCUUUUUAUGCAUAUAUCAAGUACUAUUUUUGCACUGACCUAUGGACAGAUCGAUUUAUUUUUUUCCACAAAGGGUGCUACGAUAUUUGUGGCCUUUUCCACACCUUUUUGCAUGACUUGCUCAAAAACUAUUUCUCAACUGGUGUGUCAUUUCUCCAUUUCCCCCCUUACUACUCCUUAAACUGUUGCAGUUGAAGCACUGUAAUUUUGUAAUCCUUACUUGUGAGUUUUGAAAUAAACAGGGGUGGGUUUCA